AUGUUGCUGGGCGUGGCCAUUCUAGCGGCGGCGGUCGUCCCCUUCCUCCCAGCGGCACGGGCGGAAGCGAACGUGGGCGUCCCCAUCUACACGCCCACGCUGACCGCCCUGCCACCGACUCUGGGCGUGCUCCAGGAAGCGAUCCAGCGCGAGGCCCGUCACUUCAGCACCGUGGACGUCUGCGGCGACGCCGUUUGUGACCAGAUGGUGAGGCAGGCGAACGGACUCGCGAGACUCAAGACCAUCAGGAAAUAUAUCGUGGAAGCUGUCAGCAUGAUGGACAGUCUGGUGACCGCGCUGGACGCUGAGCUGGUGGUCGCGGGAGAGACAAUGACACGGGCGCUGGGGAACAGGUGUCGCGCCGCCCACGCUGUUCUGAACGAGGUCACAAAGGGCCCCGCCGAGAAGGAUCGUCUGAACGGCAGGAGCAGCGCCUUCAUCUACGGCCAGGACGUCUUCUCACGCCACUCCUGAAGAUCCUCCAGGAGAAAUAUCCUUGAGGAACCACCUGUAUGACCAUAAACAAAACAAACAGUCGAACAAACGAAGGAAAACAUGUAUUUCUAUGUUGUUAUCGGGGUACCUUUCUUAUUUUCUCGUGUGAUUGCUUUUUAUUUAAUGAAUCUUUAGGGCUUUCUUUUAAGAUGAAUGCGUAAGUGUGUGUGAAUCAGGGGUUGGGAACGUCUGUUGUGAUAUGGGUCUGACUGCCACUGAGAGUCCCGGAUUUGAGUAGCUAGAAUACCAAGGGUAGAAAACUAUAUUUUUUCUUUUUUG